AAAGUGAAGUUGCAGAAGGCUCAGCCUCAUUUAUAAACUGAACACAUGUGCUGAAGAGACAGCAGGGACGCCACAGAGCCACGAUCUUCUCUUUCUUUCUCUCUGACACUGAUUUGAUGAAACACACGUUGAUUUGCAUUUUAUCACUCUGAACUUGCUGCAGACCUCUGGUAAAGACAAAAGACUCACUCUGUAGUAUCUACAGUUGGAAAAUGAAUUGUACAAGAGUUCUCCAUGCCAUCGGUAGUCACCCCCAGCCAGCAAUGAUGCCAGUCGACCUUUCCAUGUGUCUGAGCCUCAGCCAGCGUCAAUCCCUAUAUCAGCUGCUGUCUAUAUCUCCUCUGAAACCCACGCACCGCUGCUGUCAGCUGUCUGACUGUCCACAGAGGACCAGCCUUCGCUCUUCACAUCACUCCUUGUCUCCCUCCUACACUUUGUCCUCGACGCUGCCCUCUGUCCCUUCCGGACCUCGGAGCUGUUUCCGCAAGGAUGGCGCAGGUCUGAGCAAGAAGCGGGUGGUGUUUGCAGAUGCCAAGGGAUUGGCUCUUACUGCUGUGCGUCUAUUUACUCCUGAGCCCUCUUCGCCUGAUUCUCCUCUGGUGGUGAAACUCUCCCCUGCCAAACUGCAAAGCCACCAGUUGGUUCCGAGCAAACAGCAGCGCUACAAGUUAAAGCUUGGCUUUCCUCAGCCAGUGCUUGACUUUAAAGCCUUCCUUGCACGUCUACGAGAGACACACAUACAGCUAGAAAGCUGCAGCAUUUCAGAGCACUCCUUGACUGGUAAAGUGUGUGUCUCCCAUGUUGGUACUGAAAAGUCUGUGCAUAUAAGGAUGACCUUUGACUCUUGGCAGAGCCAUCACGACAUUCCCUGCACAUUCUUGCAGCAGCUGCCCUGUGGGAGUACUAAUAUAGCUGUUUUUACCUUUGACUUAAGCUUACCAAAGAACCUGGAUCCAAAGGAGCGAGUUGAGUUUUGUGUGUACUUUACUCCUGGGCCUGGGGCAACACCACAAUGGGAUGACAACAGAGGGCAGAAUUACAGGGUGUGCAUUGAAAAAGAUGGCGCAAAUGCUGACCAAGGUGAUGCUCGGCAUUGUUAUGCCACACUUGCACACCUUCAGCCGCCAUCGUGGCCUUCACAUGUGUCUCUCAGUAUGCAGAAAUCUGCUGGGCUUCGGUAUCCACAGAAGAGUUUAUCAAGAGUAGAGUGGAAAACUCUGUGUUCAACUAAGUAAGACCAGUGAAUUUAACCCAUAAAUUAUCAACAGAGUAAUGGGAAUGAUGUAAAUAAUGUGAAUUUUAUUUAUCUAAUAUUUAAGAGAAAGUUGGUGCUUUCAGUAGUGUAUGAACUUUAUGCAAUCUCCAGCUCACCCACAUGAGCUCAUCUAUCCUGCUGGAAUGUGAAUAAUUAAAUCCAUAAAAUCCAUUUUUAAAAUAAAAAUAAACAAAAAACUCUGCUUUCUCCUUUCUUCACUCU